AUGAACACCUGCCCCCCCCCUCUCCUUCCUCAUCCUUUCUUUUUUACUUUUUUCUUUUAUCCGUUUCUUUCCUUUUUUUCUUUCUUUCCUUUUUUUCUUUCUUUCCUUUUUUUCCUUCUUUCCUUUUUUCUUUCUUUCCUUUUUUCUUUCUUUCCUUUUUUUCUUUCUUGUUCCAAUUCAAGAAGUUCAGAACUGUCAUUAAAAUUUCUUCACUUUUUCUUUUCCUUUUUUCUUUUUUCCUUUUUCCUUCUUUUCCUUUUUUCCCUUUUUUUUCUUCCCUUUUUUCUUCCCUUUUUCCUUUUUUUUUCUCCUUUUUUUUCUCCUUUUUUUUUUCUUUUUGUUCCAAUUCAAGGAAUUCAGAACUUGAACUCCUCUGAUGGUGCAGCCACAACCAUUCCACGAAGGGAAGAGGAGGAAUUGCAGGUGCUGUCCAAGUUGAAGGAAACCAUUGACAAACAAAGAGAACAAAUCCGUGCAAUGAAGAAAGAAAUAAACCAGAAGACAUGUGAUGCUGAAGCUCUUCAGGCUCAAUUGGAAAGAAUAGUAAAAGUGAAUGCUGAUCUCCGCCGAAAGAAUUCUUCUCAGAGAAAACAAACCCGGACUCUUUUGGAAGAAAGGCUUGAGUUACAAUCACAAAUACAAGACAAAGAUAAACAUAUCCAAACUAUAAAAGAGCUUUUGAAAGAAUCAGAAGCUGGAAGCUCUGGAGCCUCUUUUGAUGCAGAAAUGGAUACCACUACACUUACUGCCGAAGAUUUGAGUGUCCUUGAAGACAAAUUAAGCAAAUAUGGCAAAAUUGCUGUUGAUAUGUCAGACCCUAAUCGUCCACGGUUCACAAUGGGAGAAUUGAGAGAAGUUUUAAUGGAAAGAAAUGAUCUUAAAACUCGCUUGUUAGAAGUUGAAGAGGAAUUACAAGAGUACAAACCCAAAUCAGAAAAUAACCUACAAGACUCUGAUGCCAUGCCAUCUCUAGCUGAAGAAUUAACUGAUGCAACCGAUGCUGAUUCAGAAGAGGAAUAUCCUGUGCAAGGUCCGAUCAACAAAGAACCUGAGGAAAAACUAUAUCCUUACCAAAAGGAAAGUGGAAUUCGCAAAUUCUGUGAAAAGAUGUUCAGAAGUUUCGGCACACCACUUUUAUCCCAAAAGACUAAUUGUGUAAAUGCCAUAGCUGGAAUUGUUUGA